GGCGCCCGGCCUCCGGACGGGUGACACGUUAGUGUGGGCUAAUGUCUCCGCGCUUCUCGAACUAACCUAACCAGUCGACCGCGUCUCCCACUAACACUCCACACCUUUCUCUGCUCCCGAUUUUUCUGCCGGAUUCACAUUUACUUUCAAGGUAAUUUGCAGUAACAUUAGAAGCUAGUAUUGGGAGAGUAAAAGAUAUCUGAAUUUCCAACACCGAAGAUCACCAGUAUAACCAGUAGAAGCGAAUAAAACAAGAUGGCGGCGUUCGUGGCCAAGCAAAUGGUGGGGAACAAACUCAGCGCCGUAAAAGGCGCGGUUGGUGGUGAUGGCGAUGACAGCGACGAUAAGGAGAAGGAAGAAGAAGCGGAACGCGAACGUCAGGAAGCGAUCCGUGAGGCUGAGGAGAGACGCAAGGAGAAGCACCGCAAGAUGGAGGAAGAGAGAGAGAAGAUGAGACAGGAGAUCAGGGACAAGUACAAAAUUCCCAAGAAGGAGGAGAUUGCAGAGCAGCAGCAACAGGAGCCUGACAAUCCUCUUAUGAGGAAGAAGAAGACUCCUGAGGAACUGGCGGCUGAGGCGGAGCUUGAGGACCAGGAUGAGUUCACUAAAUUGAAAAACACCAUCGAGACGCAGGUGAACGAACUCAAGUCGCAGAUCGAGAGUAAGUGUGUGAUGCAGUGAGCAGGACGUCGCGACCCGCACUCUAUUAUAUUAACCGAAUACAUGAUGUAGCUGUGCUAAACCAUUGUUGCAGUGUCCCACCCGAUCACCCCUCGUCCCGACCGCAAACCCAUUUCAGGAAUCAUUCGCGCUCAAAUAUUUGUGUAGGAAAGAUUCGAAUUCUAAAUUAUUUCGGAACCUAGUUGGCUAGUGGCGCGUUGGUGCUUGAUAAUGAGCAAUAAUAUUUUUAUACAUUCAUAAAACGUGAUGAGCGACCAUCGAUACAACCGAGAGUGUAGGAAAAGGAUCGAGCCUCGUAACGUUAGGUCAAAAAGUCAUCGUACAUUCCGAACGGCACGCAGCGAACUCGUACGCGGGAACGAACCUGUUUAAUACGUUGACGCUUGUGAUAUAUUGUUAUUUAAGUGUAAAGUGAAAAAGUAAAUUUUUAAAUACAACUAGAACGGUGUAAUAUUUAUAAAGGAAGGGAAUAAAACGUAAUUUAAGAAGUUAGCACGCGUGUAGUCGGCUCAAUCUCCAGCUACUCAUUCUCUCGGCUCCUCUUCGGAAUUCGGACUUACAUUAAAAUAACAGUGUAUUCGGUCUUAUGAAAAUUUGUUUUCAUCCAAAUUCCACUCGGCUUGUGUACCUUGUUGUAAUGGCUUGCGCUCUGCUCACUCUUCGGAUCUUCAACUUUUGCCUCGAAAUCUUUUGCAUGCGUGCUUAUGCAGUGUAUCGAUAUCGUAUCAGUGUAUUUGUAUUUUGUUUAGAUGUAUAUACCUUUAAUCGACCUAGCCUUAAUGUCCACAUCGAAGAUAUAAUAGGUACAAUAUUGUUACUGGCACGGCGACGACGCCGCUGUUCUUGCAUGUUUAAUAUAAGAUCGAUGUUCGUUUAGAGUAAUAUAAUGUUGUAGAUUGACAAGACCUCUUGUUGUUUUACCGUUGAAUCAAGUUAGCGUAGUUGACGCGAUUCUUAAUGUUUUAUCGAUGUUUUAUGCUUAGGAUAAAGUAACAUUGUUUGAGCAAAAUUUUCGAGCGAUUAACGUUACGGCUUCGGUGGAUAUGUAAGCAGAACAGACGAAGCGCGCCCGAUCGGACGGCUCUCGUCCGAUCGGGCGCCGAUUCGACGAGUGAGGCGGAUGUUGAUGAUGUUACGUGCAAGGCUAAUGGUUCGAAUGUUUGUCUCGACAUAUUAAGCUGCAAAUGCAAAAGAUUUGUUAUCGUCAAAAGCUGUGAUAUAUAAAUAAAAUAAACUAAAGCUGUGCGCCGGACGCGGCCAGACCGCUCGCGUUACAUAGUCACUUUAGCUUCUUGGUAACUCUCUUUCAAUCUUUCACGGACUUCAGUCUCAUCUAUAAGAUCUUCGACUUCAUUCGGAUUAACGAUCGUCCACACUUUCUCGUAGUUUAAAAUAUUCUUCGUCGAUAGUUCUAUGAUAUCAGCACAUCAUGUAUUUUCAUCGUUAGUUUUAAAGUUAUUUUGAAAUAUUAUAUUAAACCUUGUAGCGAUCGCUUGAUAGUUCGUUUAUUUUAUAAGCAAAUUUUACCGAGAUGAAUAAUUAUAUAUAACAAUACAUAAUAUAAAUUGCGUAUUGAAAUCGUAUUUAACUAAUCGAUAUACAUCCUCACAGUGUAAAUACGACAGAUCAACAAUAAUUUCGGAACGUAUAUUUAGAACGCCGCUCUAUUUUACGGAUACGGUUCGACACAUCACAAAAUAUUUUCGUAGCUUGUUUCGAGACGUUACUUUGAGCACGCCUAGCUGCCAUAGUCUAUAAAGAUCGUCUGCGAUGGGACCUUCGACGUAAGGAAUUCGACCGUCCCGACUUCUCUACUCGGAAACUUCACAAUCUUGUAAUGUUAAGAUAUGACAUAAACUAUUCACAGUGUACGUGUGUGUUAGGCUAGGUUAAUCAUAUACUACUAUAGUUCUAUAUACGUGCAUGGCAGUUCUAGCUAAUCUGUUGUUCGUAGUAAAUAAACAAUAAUAAUGUUAAGAUAAUCUUGGACCUGUUUUGAUAUAAUUUUAAACAUGACCAAUAUUUUCUCUCAUCCCCCCACCCAUCACGUUCACGGCGCUCGUCUUUACCUACAUAGACCUAAUCCUAGAUUCUAUCUUCCUCUAUCGUAUUUCUAUCUAUCGUAGACUAACUUUACUCUUCGUUGUUGGCUCUCACGUAGUAAAUAGUUGUUUAGAUACGUUAUUUUCGUACGUAGCGAGGUUUAGGCGUAACUAAACGUUUAAUGUGAACCCGCUGAUUGUCACUAAAUUAAAAAUGAUGCUUGAUUAGUUAUCUUUGAUUGUAUCGUAAACGUCUGCAUGGGUGCGUGUCGUAACUGGCAGUGUGUCGUGUCGUUUUCUCUUGACUAGUGUUUUCCUCUCGAUAUAUGUAUAUUAAGAUGCUUUUUAAAUAUCUUAUUUGUAAGCUUUCGAUGUUUGGUGUAUAGUGUUACGGUUUCAACUGUAAUUAUAAAUAAUGUAUGUAGUAUAAACUCGUUGCUUGAAUGCAAAUAUUUUGAAGGAAUUUGGGUGAUAUCAAAUCAAUGUCACGAUUCGUUCUCCCCAUAUUGUUGAAAUUUAUUGUCAUUACGAUGUAAGAAUCGUCGAAGUGAUUGUUUAUUAUUUUUUUUACUAACAAUUAUAUUUAUUAUAUGAUAUAUAUUAAAUAAAAAUUCAGUAGCGUUUUGAAUUGAUAUCGUAAUUAUAAUUUUUUUAUCAUGGCAACAUUGUUUUCAUCUCGUAAUAAUUGUAAUGAAUUUACAAAGAGGUUUAUACAAGGUAGAUAUGUAGUUUAGUAAUAAUUGUAAAUUAUUUAAUAAAAAAAAAAAACAAUUUAUGAAUGCAUUAUCCAACAAAACUAGAAUAAUUUUAAGCUCUUUGACUGACCAAUUUCAGAAUUCUCGUUAAUAUCCGUUGAUCAAAAUUAAUCUUAUGACUAUCGCAUUCAGGGUAUUGUAAUUAUUAUUGUGUAUUUGUAUAAUAUCUAUCCUUUCAUUCUGAUCUUUUAGAAUCUAUGACUUUUUGGCCUGCGAUGGCAUUCAAAAUUUCAUACUUAAUCUUCGAUUAGGUAUUUAUUACGCCUUAGUUAACAAAUUGACUUGAAUAUUAGUAGAAUAGCGAAACUGAUAGGUCUGUUCAUAUGACGCAAUCGUAGCUAUGACAUACGGGAAUAUGCGUGUGUGUUCGUUAAAUGGUUGUGUAAAUUGUGCGUUAUUGGGCGACGUGUGUGCGGUAUUCGAAUGUGUGCGAGAUCUGCGUUCGUGUGAGUGAAUGAGUUUGAAUGAACGAAAUGAAAUUUUAUUUUUCAAAUCAUCUACUGAAUAUUUCGAGGCGAUUAAUAAUAUUGGAAUAUAUAUGUUACGCUUGCGUCAUAUCAAUGGGGACGGAUGUUUUUUUAUUUUUAAAAUUUUUAUUAUAUUUUAGCAAAUUGACACAGUUACAACUAUUAUAUACCUACAUUGUUAAACAUUUAUCAGAUAGCGUUAUAUAUGCACUAGGAAAUAGGACACACUCGAUGCGUUUGCUACUUUAAUAUCAUAUCAAAUAAGGUCUCAAUUUGUAUGACACUAAAAAAUUAAACUUCGAUUUUAAAAAAUUUAAUUAAUUUUAGUAGCAAAUGCAUCUUAUACCUGAUCCUACUACUACUGCAGACACCACAAAAUGAAGGCUUUGUUUAAACUAAACAAGAUAGAAAUAGGAUCAGGUGUGACGCAAAACCGGUACAAACGACAAUCUAGAGACAACGACACACCACACCAACACGAGCUUCGACACAGACGCCAGUAUUACACGUUUGUUAUAUUAUAUGUAUUUAGACUUUUCCGAAUUGUAUAGAGAUUAUUUUGUAUCAAAGAACUGACUUGAAGUGCCACAGACCAUGUUGUUGCGCUUGUUAUACAUAAUAAUUUAAACAACAUAUUUUCUAUAUUGUGCGUUGAAGUCUUAAAAGAUCGCAUUCGUUUCUUUGACGUUAACACGUUACUCAGAGUACGGUCGAGGAGAAUAAUCGUUAUCUCUUUCUAUCUAGCGGUUGUCUCUUUCUCGUAGAAACUUCUAGAACAAUGAUUUCCUUCCUCGACGGUGCUCCGUUUCAGCGAUCCGUUCGAAGAGAAUUGUAAUCGCCUACUAUAAGUACACAUUAGCGCGUUAGCUUUUAAUAUUAGUGACAUCUAGCGUUAAAAUUGCAAGUUUACCGAAAAUUAUUGGAAGUAACGCGUGAAGCGAAAAAAAAAAUUGUAAUGGCAAGAUCGCGAUCACUUUAAAGUGGACCGGGUCAUGUUGUAUUGUUAUUAUAAAGAAACGGUUGAAAGUUUAUCCAGGAUUACAUUUAACUUAGAAUUAUGGAGGAAAACGAAAAUGAGGUUAUUGUUGAAAAUGUUUUUAGGUAAAUAAAAUUCGAUUGAGCUUUCUUGAUACUUGUUGUUAUUAAUGAUUUACGUUCCGUUCGCUGGCCCCGGCUGUACAGAACUGCCGUUCAACAUUGGACUUUAUCUCGGAUGAUUAACGUUCUGUUCUCACUGUUUCUGUCACUUGUGUAGUCUCGUAAUGUUAGGCUUGUUUGCUAAAAAUUAUUUAUCGUCUUACUGUUGCGAAGCAUUGUUAAAUUUAUUUACUGGUCCUCAUUAGUUAUGUAUAAAAGUUUAGAGGUAGCCAUUUUCAUAUUAACUUUACUGUGAGUUUGAAAGUGGAUCGUCUACCAUGUUGUUAAAUAAUAAAUAAACUACAUUGUACCACCA